UGAAAAAAGUCAUAGACUCAUUAUCGUGAGUCUUAAUUCAAACUUGAAAAAAAAAAUCAUAGGUCUUACUGUACGCUGGAUACGGGAGAAGCUAGUUUCAACCUAAGCUGCGCUCAACAUCGUAGUUGUGUUGCCUGACAACGCUGCUUGGCAUGCUAACAUUAGCGUAGAGAUCCGCCUAAGCAACGGAGGCGGACGUGUGUGGUUGCUGUAUUUUGGCGCUGAGCAUUAUAUGAUGUUAUUCGGGAUGGAUGUCACUUAGAACUGCAUAGCUGAUAAUAGCAGGAUGACCCAUGAAGCUCUUGGGUGAAGUGUUUAUUGUGGCCCUCUAUGCCAUAGGACUAUUUUCUUCAAUAACAAAGGCUGGAUUUGCGUGUCUCAGCAACCCAUGUAUUCAUGGAAUCUGCAUAGAUGACCUUAAUAGUUCUUAUACAUGCUAUUGUAUUGAUGGCUAUACUGGCAUACAGUGCCAAACAAAUUGGGAUGAGUGUUGGUCAAACCCUUGCAUGAAUGGAGGAACAUGCAUUGAUGGUGUUGCAUCAUACAACUGCACUUGUCCAGAUGGGUACAUGGGUGAACAAUGUGAAGAAAAUUUUGAUGAGUGUGAGUCAAAUCCUUGUCUGAACAAUGGUACAUGUGUAGAUGAAGUCAAUGGCUAUGUAUGUCAGUGUCUACCAGGCUACUCAGGAGUAAUGUGUGAAAUUGAUGAAGAGGUCUGCAAUAACACAGCAGAAACAAAUUGCUACAAUGGAGGACUCUGUAUUGAGGGACCUGGAAUAUCAUUCAGUUGUAUUUGCUCUCCAGGAUGGUCAGGUACAUUCUGUGAACUGCCUGUUGAUGAAUGUGCUUCUACACCUUGCCAGAAUGGGGCAGUAUGUGUCGAUCUCAAAGCAGAUUAUGCUUGUGCCUGUUUGUUUGGCUUUACUGGGAAAAACUGUGAAGUAAAACUUGUGCGAUGUGAAGAUAAUCCAUGUGAAAAUGAUGCACUAUGUCUUAUUGAGAGUGGGGGAGCUGUGUGUUAUUGUGUUCCUGAUUUUCAUGGAAACAAGUGUCAGUAUCAGUAUGAUGAGUGCCAACUUGGACCAAGGUGCCUGAAUGGUGGUACGUGCCUAGAUGGUAUUGAUAAUUUCACUUGCUCUUGUCCACCCAAUCUUACUGGAAGAAUCUGUGAGUGCCUUAUAAUUUCACCUGGGCAUUUGAAUUGCUCAUUCAUAUUACCAUCAACAAGUGAAUUUCCUACACAAACUGCAACUGUGGCUUCAACUGAAUAUUUGACUUCAGCAUUUUCUUCUGGCAGAACUGUACCUAAAUCUACCACACUUACUGAUGGAAAGGUUUCUCGCACUACAGCUCCAACAUUCACAGAGACAGUAUUACCUUCCUCAUCUACUUUUUCAUUUAUGGCAGGCACUAGUUCAACUCAUCCAUCUUCUGAACCAAUAUCUUCAUAUUUUACAUCAUCAAGUGAAACAGUGGUGCCAGAUACUGAACUUAGUACAACUACUGCAAAACAAAUGUUUACAGAUGUUACAGUGUACCAAGAGAAGUCUUCCAAAAUUAUACCACAGACUGAAAGUUCAACAUUGACAAGUACUGAAAUGUUAGGAACAAAUAUUACAACUGAGAAAUUAAAACCAGUAAGUGUUCAGACAUUGACUGUACCUUCAUAUACUGAAAUGGUUAGUGAAAUAGCAACACUUCCUUCAGUUGAAGAGAAGUCAACUUUAAUACCACCAGAUUAUUAUACAACGGGACCAUUUACAACAGAAAAAGUAACACUGCCACCUCCUUCAGGAGAAACAGAUGAAACAAAGAGCAUAUCUCUCACUUCUGUAGGUGUAGAAACAUUCAGUGAUGAUAUAUUUACAGUACUGCAAACUGUGAAGACUACUGUUCCAACUUCAGAUAUAAGUGCCUUAGAUACAACAGAAUUUGAAUAUACCACUGCCACUCAAGUUAUUCCAUCUGCUGAGACAGAAGUGUACACAUCAACUGCAAAAAUACCAGACUGUUCCGUUACUCCUUGUCUCCAUGGAGGAACUUGUACAUAUUUUGAAGGUUGGAGUCAGUGCAAAUGUAAGUCUGAAUGGACUGGGCCUCUAUGUGAAGUGUACACAGGAAAUGAUACAGUCGCAUUCAGAGAGCAUUCAUUCGUUACACACCACCUUAUUGAAAAAACAGGUGCCAAAAUUGAAGUUCAGGCACGAACACUAGUGCUGAGUGGUAUUCUGCUGCAUGCUCAACUUACAUCAAAUGUUUAUAUGGCUGUUUACAUUGAAGAUGGAUUACUCAAUUUCCAGUUCUCUUGUGGAGUUCAAACCAUGCUUUUCACAGAAGUCCGAAGUCUGGUUAACAAUGGAUAUGAUUUAAAAGUGCAAGCAAUGCUUGAAUUACUGCCUUACAGCAUUGUUCCUCAGCACUGCAAUGCAUACUUACGAAUUAAUGAUUCACUUGCCAUGAGUGGAGAACAGAUAGCUGCAACUUCUCAGAUUGGCAAAACAGUGAAUGUAUUGUACUUAGGAGGAUUCCCUGCAGAAUAUUCUGAUCUCAGUGAAGUUCAGAUGAAAACUGGAUUCAUCGGUUGCAUGCAUGGCCUUAUGGUUGAUAAUAUGCCACGUCAUAUUUUACAUGACUCAUUGAGUGCUUCAGGAAUUUCUGAAUGUGCAUCACUUGCAUGUUUGUCAAAUCCUUGUUAUGAUGGUGGAACAUGUGUAGAACACAACGAUGAGUGGAACUGUUUAUGUCCUUCAGGGUAUGUUGGGAAAGCUUGUGAGAAAUCAGUCUGUGAAGUAAAUCCUUGUCAGUUUGGUGCAACAUGUGUCAUUUUCCCCGGUAGUGGCUUCCUUUGUCUUUGUCCUCUGGGAAAACAUGGAAUUUUCUGUGAGCAUGACUUAGACAUUGGCCAGCCUUCUUUCUCUCCAUCAGUUGCUGGAUUUUCAUCAUACACUGCGUAUCCUUUACCAGGAACUAUUCACCACAAUAUGGAACUAAGAUUCCGUUUCAAACCAUCAAGCAUGGAACAGAUAGCACUAAUGAUUUUUGUUGGUCAAGAUGGUUCUCAUGAUGCUCAAUCUGAUCACCUUUCUGUGAGCUUCAUAAAAGGUUAUGUUGUUCUUACUUGGAAUCUUGGAUCAGGACCACGGAGAAUCUUCACACCACGUCCUGUCACUCAGCGAGCGAAAAGACCACAUUUUGUGAGUCUGGGUAGAUCAGGAAAACAUGCUUGGCUUCGUGUUGAUAACCUGAAGAAUGUUACCGGAACAUCUCCUGGUCACAUGACUCAGCUAAAUACACAUUCUCCAUUAUACAUUGGUGGCCAUGAAUCAGCAAAUUUUUCAUUGCUACCUCAUGAUCUACCAUUGCAUAGUGGCUUCUCAGGUUGUCUUUUUGAUGUGGAGUUGAGGACAGGCAGAAUUUCAGUACCACUUCAGAAGACAAGGACUGCCACUGGUAGAAGUGUUGGUCAGUGUGGAACCACAGAAUGUCAUGAACAUGCCUGUCAGAAUGGAGGUGCAUGCCUGCAUCAUGGUGCAUCUUUUGUGUGUCUUUGUGCAGAUGGAUGGUUUGGACCAGUAUGUGCACAACAGCACAAUCCCUGCGAUUCAUCACAACACAAAUGCAGCUCUGGUGCAACAUGUGUACCACUCAUUAAUGGAUAUGAGUGUGAUUGCCCUUUUGGAAAAGUGGGCACUUACUGUGAAAGAAAUGAAACACCAUCCGAUGUUCACUUCUCUGGAAGACGGUCUUUUAUAUCUCUGCCUAUCAAAUAUCUGCAUGAAAAUGAAAUAUGUAUUGAACUAGAAAUUCGACCACUGGCUGACAGAGGGCUCCUAUUGUUCAUAGGGCAGCCAGAUACAAACAGUUUCAUGUCACUUUCACUUCAGGGUGGAGUGCUUGAACUUCGAAUUCUCCCUGGUCAGUCAAGGAAACGCAGUGAAACUAUUGUUAUACGAAGUGGAAGAGUCCUAGCUCCAAGAGAAUGGCAUCAAGUUCUUGCUUGGAGAUAUGGUCGAAAGCUUUAUCUAAGAGUUGAUGGUAGUCUAAGCACUGGGACAAUGCAUGCUGGAGAAAAACUCCCAGCUCUUGGAAAGGUCCUAUAUUUAGGAGGUACUGGAGAUCUGUCAAACUUGCCAAAUGCUGCAAUGGCUACAUUACCAGAACCAUUUACAGGCUGCAUAAGGAGAGUUUAUUUAAACUGGGAGAAAAUCCCAUUGGAUGAAAAGAAUAUGAUUGCAGCACGUAAUGUAGCUGACUGUGAUGGAACACCAUGUGGUGGUGAUGUAUGUGAACAUGGUGGGACUUGCUGGUUAGAUCCAUACUCUCAACCUCGUUGCAGUUGCAAGAAGUUCUAUACAGGAGCAUUUUGUGAAAGUCAAUUAACAUGUACAGAAGACAGCUGUCAAAACAAUGGACGUUGCAUGAACAGAACUUCAGCAAUUGCAGAAUGUUCCUGUCCCCUUGGCUGGGGAGGAGCAACAUGUGAAGAAGCUGUAAUGACGAUAUCACCUCAUUUUGGAGGGAAUGGCUACCUUGUUGUUGAAGGAAGUGGGAAAAGUGCAAAACAGAAUGAACUCAGUGUGCAAACCAAAAUGGAAAUUGGUUACUUAUACAUAAAUUUUUCCACUAUUGAGUCAAAGGGAAUGAUUCUAUGGAGUUCAAUGGGGCAAGAGUAUUUAGGUAUCGGCAUAGAAGAAGGACUGUUAAAGUUUGCAUGGGGACAUCCCACUACAAACCGAACACUGUUACUGGUCUCUGGUGGUGUAGCUGCUGAUGGCACCUGGCAUACUUUGGAGAUUGACCUUAGUCCAAGGAACAUCACUGUAUGGUUUGAUAGUCAGCUUAUUCAUUCUGAAACAGAAGAAGGUGAAGGCAGCAAAAAAUUUCUAAUAACAGAUGGAAUAUUCUAUCUGGGUGGAUUCCCUGGAGAAGAAUCUGUAACAGAAUUAUCAAAUGGAUUAUUUUCAUCGCAUUUCAUAGGAUGUAUCAAAGAACUAGCAUGGAAUAAAAAUACCAGUGUCACUGAUUUCUCAGACUACCAGGGAGAAAAUGUUGGGAGCUGUGCUUCAAUACAAACAUAAAUUUUGUUAACAAAGCUGUUUAAACCAUGCCACAACAAAAGUAUUUUUGUUAGACAUGCCAUUCUAGCAAGUGCUCACAUUAUGAACUGACAGCCUUUGUUGAUCUAAAAUGUUGAGUGAUAACUAAUACUGGGAAAGCCAGAUGCAUGAGAGAUUUCAUUUACAGAAUUGGUCAGUCAAUGUGAUUUGUUUCUUUCCUUUUUAUGUUGUCAUUUCAGUAUGGGAUUCUGUCCUUUUCUUGGCUGGUACCUUCUGAGUAAUAUAAAAAUCGAUAACAGUGAUAUCUUUCUCAGUGUCUUGAGUUCUGCUCAUUUGGAUGUCACACACAGGACAGUUAACAAGUAAUUUCAUAGGCACUAUUUUUAUUCUUACAGGUUUAGGGUUCCCUAAUAACAUUUUGUAUUUAAUACAUAAAACAGCAGUACUGAGUUGGCACUCAUCUGUCCUGUACAGCUGCCCUCAUUGUUUUGGACAGUCUAUCGUGCUUUGUAGUUAAGAUAGUCCCACAAAAAACUGACUGUGAUCAAAAGAAAAUCUAAAUAUUGUGAAUUUAUCUAGAAAGACUUUCAACUUGUAAAUAAAUUCUGCCUGUUGUAGUGUUUCUGACACAGGUAAUAUUUUUCAGAACACAAUUUGAGAGAAAAGGAACAGAGUUAGUGAGAGGCUGAACUAUUUAGUUGGUGUGUGAGGCUCAUUUCAGCAGCUCAGUUGGAAGGAUGGCAAAUGCAAACAUUGAAAGUGCAGAUGUGAUUAACAGUUCUAUACAAAACUGUCCCAUUGUUGUAAUUUACUACAUCCAAGAACUUAAACUCUAUACAUCUAUCUAUUUAAAACAUUGGAUUUAUCAGAUUGAUGCAGCAGCUCAUGUAAAGCAAAUAUCAUGUUUAAGCUAUCAAUAGUGGAAUUCAAUUGGAAAUAAGAAAUAUUUCCCUAAAUGUGUUGCAUGCAAGAUAAAUCAAAUUAAUCAAAAUUAUUACUGGCAACACAAUAUGAUUUUGAUAUUAUUUCAAACAAAGCUUAUGUAAAAAGUAUUUACUGUAAAUGCACAACUACAACCAGUAAUUACAGCUGAAUAAGAAAGUAACAAGUGUGCAUUCUCUCCUUCAUACUUGUAUUCCACAGAGAAAUAUGUGUAACCAGUCUGGCAACAGUGGAUAUUUUUGGUACUGUUACAUGCAAAACUUCUGUAGGAAUUAUUUAUCAUUAAAUGCAUUAGUAUAACCAGUAAUUAUAGCUGAAUAAGAAAAUAACAAGUGUGUAUUCCUUCAUGCUUGUGCUCCACACAGAUAUAUGUGUGCUGUAUCCUGUUUCACAGUAAGAAUUGUCAUGGAUGGAUAAAUAACCGGUUGCAUCUUAAUGUAAAAUUCACUCCAUAGCUGAAUUUUGAUCUUCCAGAAGCAGGAACACCUUCUGCAAUUGCUGAAGAUAAAUAUACAGAAGGAAAAUUUGGGGGAAAAACAUGAGUAGCAAAGUAAUAGUGGAGAGUUGUGAUUUGAGCAUUAAAUGUUGCACUACAUGAUGAUCCUUGAUAACAUGUUUUGUAUUUUAACUUAAGAUACUAUAUUUUCUUUCACAAUGGCUUGCUUCUAUUUGAUAUGUUUUACUCAACAAAUAAAUCCCUGAUUCUUUUGUGAAUUUCUUGUUGAUAUUCAACUUGGCACCAUAUGCUCACUUGUCUCUGGCAUCACAAACUAGCUUUUGUGGCAGAUGGGUCUGUUAUGAUGAACACAAGUGCAGCUAAUGCAGUACAUAAUUACCAGUCUUCACUCUGUCAGUUACAACCAGAAUACCCUUUCCCUACUUUAGCUACAUCCUUUCAUCAAAAUCCCUAAUAAGGGAACAGACGUGACCCAGUACCCAACUGCCAAUGAAUCAACAAGGAAAGUCCUCAGCAAGAUUAUAAUCUUCAUAUAUUGUGAAAUUAAAUACUAGACACUCUACUUGUAAAUCAAAGUAGCAGUUUUUCAAGCUUUGCAGCACUGCUGCCAAAUCCAAUACUUUUCAUAGAUCGCUUCAUUUAACCACACUAGGCAGAGACAAUGGUUAAUACUGAAUAAAAGAGUUUUUGUUAUUAUUAAAGAAAAGCUUAUUUUAAUACUUUUCAUCAGUCAAUUUUUUAACAUUUUGUCAUAACAUUUUCUUAUCAAGUGUGUUUCUGGAGUCUUGCCCUUGAAUUUCUUUGUACCAUAGUAUUGACGUGUCUAUUUUUUUUGGUGAUGGCAUUUGGAUGUUGACUGUAUUCUUUCAUGGGAUUAUAAUAGAACACUCCCAAGUUCAAACCUGCAAUUCCUUGAUGCUUGCCUCUUUGCUUUUAAUUAAAUUUUAUCAUUCUUCCUUUGUUCAUUUCCUUAUGCAGUUAUUGUUGAUCACAAGAUACUCUGUUUUGACUCGAACAUACUCUAAUUCUUGUUUCUUUUAUAAUAUCUCAAUGUUGUUCUUCAUUUCUACUUCCUCUUAGUCACUGUACUCCCUCUCAGAUCAUAUUACCGUAAGUCCUCUUUCUUCUUUGAUUUUGUUUCUUCAUGUUGCAGAAUCUCUUUGUGAUCUUGCUUGGGACAUUAUAUACCUUUAAUGGCAAAAUUUUGGAGAACAUAGGCUAUACAGUUUCUAGUACAUUUGUAGAAAGUUCUAGAACUUUUCUACAUUCUACAUUACCAGCAAGCCACACUUUGCAUUACAUAUAUUCAAGAAUAAAAUUUUGUUGAACUUUUUCAGUCACAGAAUAAUCUAACUUUCAAAUAUUCUGUCUAUUUUACCCUUCAUCUGUGUUGCCCACAUAUCUGUGCUAUUUACCUGCACAUUCUGCCAGCACUUUACUUUAUACCUACUGUAUCUAAAUCACAAUGUAUGUUCUCAAACCAUAAACUGAAUAAGAAGGGGGUCAAAUGACGACAGAAUGGUAACAUCUAUUCUCAGUCAUACACUAUAUGGUGAACUGCGUUGUUCAAAUGUAGAGGUGCCUGAAAGAAAGACUGAUACAUAGUGGUAACUACCUCUAGCAUCCAUUAGAACCAUCCUAAUGUACCAACAGAAGGUAUUACUGCAAUACUCAUUUAAUUGAUAAUCAGCUCAUGUUAUUUGUUAAUAUGCCAUCUUUUCUGCUUAAAUCCACAACACAUAUGCCAUACCAUUGUACAGACUUAAAUAUGACACUCAUCUUAUUCCUGUUUUGUUCAACUUUAUACUGCUUCUUCCCUCCUAUUUUCCCCACUGUCCACAUGUUUUUCUACAUUUCUGUUGCUCAGUAUGCUGCUUCUGUUUCUUUUUAUUUCCUCUGUAAUUUAUGACCUUGUUUGAAUGAUGAUAUAGUAUUGCUCAGACUUAACUUCCAUGACAGCAAUGAAAAAUAAACUUCCUUUGUAAGUCGCAAAAGAACACUUGCAAACUUAUGUCAAAUCGUUAAUAAGCUGAAAGUUACAAAGGAUUUUUGUUCUACAGAAAAUUUUGGUAAUACCAAAUCAGUCUCCAAAAUAACAUAAAUAGGUCACUCAAAUUGAGUGAUGGGUCCCAUUUCCAAUUUUUUUAAUUACUGCCAUAUGCUUUAUAAUUGAAGCAAGUAUCAACCAUUUUCUUUGAUAUUUAUGCACAAAGGAAAUAAAAAAGAAAGCAAUAAAUCACAUUGACUGGACUUUGAGAUUUUAAGUUCCACACCAGAGCUUGGCUAUAUUAUUAUUAUUAUUAUUAUAGUGUGUGCAUAUCAAGUUAUCUGUAAUGAAGGAUAUUUGUGUACAUUUUGAGCUGUACUGGAACAGCUCAUUUGAUUUAACCAAAGUGCAUUAAAUGUCAUAAUUCUGUGGUAUAAUAUUAUUGAGUGAUUUCUGUAAUGUACAAUGAAAUACAGCACCAACUAUCACUAUUUCAUGGAAUUCCUUUCUCUAUUCAAGCCAUGAUUAGGGCACCUAUCUCUGUCAUUAGACAACUGUAAGCACAUAUUAUGUAGUACAUGAUAUCAGCAUCAUAUUAGUUGCUGCAUUAAUUAAUAAGUGAGGAAUUAUUUGUUUUGGUUAAGUUCUCUCUUAAUUGGCAAGAUUGGAAGACAUUUAAAA